AUGGACUCCCAAGAUCCUCUGGAUAGCCUGAUCCCGCCCCCGAGCGUCUCAGAGCCCACCACGCCCGACUUGUCGCACACAACCAUCCCAGAAUCCACCGCCGCUGCAGUGUCGAAACUCCAGUCCAGUCGCAUCGAGAAUGCGCCUAGGAAUAUGACGCCUCCACCAUCCACACAAGUACCUUCGUCGAGCCGUCCAAAGACGAGAACACCGACGCCGCCCAUAUCUCACAUCUCUACGCCGCCUCCGACAGUCGAGCUGUCUGCGGAGAGUCACCGCAGUCGUGUUGCAGGUGGAUCAGUUGGGACGAUGAGCAUGACUGAACUAGAGGCUGCUUCGCCCGAGGAAUUGAGAUUGAAGGUCACGGAGCUGCAGGCCGCACUCCAGGAAGCCAAAAUGUCGGCGGCGCACCACAAGCUGCAAUAUCAGAUGCUGUCGCAAGAAAGUGCUGCUGCGAUUGAGCGCAUGGCUGUUGAGGCGAAAAUGGCUCAAUUUGAGAACGAGGUCAUCCACCACGCCGAGCAAGCGAGGGCUGCUGCUACACCACAACCUUCGCCGGCUCAAGAAGGCGUGAUACCCGUUCAGAAAGAUCUGUACCAAAGGAUGUGCCGCGAGAUUCAACUGCUCAGAGAAGCCAACAACGACCUGCAUGCUGAAAGCGAGGCCCGUCAAGCGACCAUUGGCCGCCAAGAUGAUCAAAUUGCAAGCCUCUCCGACAAAGUCAUCCUGAUGCGCGAACGAAUCUACGAGAACCGAGAACGACUACAUAAGCACCGCCGACCGCAAAUGCAGCAUCACUUGGAGAGCACGCCUCGCUCGGUAUACAGCCCAGCUCACCAACGCAGCCACCCAAACAGCCAACAGCAGCCUCAGCCAUUCGCUGCGUUGCUUCAGGCAUCUGAAAUGGCCAGCCAAGAAUCUGCACGAUCGGCUUCUCGUGGAAUGACCGGCAAAAAGGGCCACGUACGAAACAUGCACAGCACUUCGAGUCUACCAUCAACCCCGCAGCGCGUACAGAAGGUUCAGUACGAGACACCUUCGAUGAAUCGCACCCAACCUCUCAAAGUCCCCUCCACCGCGCCGGUCCCUCGCACCAGUGCGAUGCGCACCCCGGAUGUGUAUACGCAGUCACUGCCCGUAUCUCAAGGUUCGCAAAGGGCAGGACCUCCCUCAGACGGCACUGUAUCCGCUUCGGACCACGACAACGACAGUGAAGCUGAGACCGACAUCAUCGACCAGGACGACGAGAUCAACGUAUCACAGGCAUCCCGUGCGGCAUCUCAGAUGCUGAGGUCCAGCCACGAGCAACAAGUGAAACGCGACAGCUUCAAGGGAAACGGUAUGCUUCAACCCAAGACAAUGAAGCAAACGAAGCUUUUUGGCGCUGUUCGCAAGGCCAACGUUGACAGAAGUGAAGAACCGCCAGCCAAGCGGGCGCGGACAAACGAGAGUGCCGUAGGUCUUGGCAUAGCCGGUGUAAGGCAGCGAAGUUGA